GUUGAGGGGUACGGGAGUGCUGCUGUUUCAGAGGCGCGUGAGGGAGGAUGGAGGCGGAAACCCCGAAGGAACUGAAGCGUCUGCGGCAGAAGCUGGAGGGGCACCGGGAGAACCUCGUCUCGACAGCGGUGAGGGAGCCAGGGCUGCGGAAGAGGCAGGUGACGGUGGGGAGGACCCCUCUGGGCGAGUGCCUGAGGCAGCCCAGGGAGGCCCCCGAGGGCGUUCAGGAGGGCCUCAAGCUCAUAGACGGGGUCGAGCUCCUGAGGGAGAAGGCAGCCCAGAAGAAGAAGAAGAAGGAAUCCCUGAGGCUGGAGGCAGCCAAUCAGGAUGGAGGUGGAAGCAACAACAAGACCGUCCCUGCAAGGCAAAGAGAGGGCCUGACAGCUGGCCCUCAGGAGGAGAACCAGCAGCCCCAGCCCCCAGCCCUGGCUCCUGAGGAGACCCCUCCAGAAGGAAAGGACAGAGAUGCCUCAGAUCUACAAAAGAGAUCUACACAACAGCCUGACCUCGGAGGAGAGGAUCAAGACCCUGGUGAUGAUGCAGGUGACCAAGGCAGCGGAGAUGACAGCAAUGGAGAUGGCAGUGAGUGCAGCAGUGAUGACAAGGAGGCCUCAGAUCCACAAAAGAGUGGGGCAGCGGAGGCAGACCCACAGCCUGGUGCUAGAGGAGAGGCACAGGACUCUAGUGACGAAGAGGUUGAAGAGAGCAGUGAAGAUGUUUGCAGUGAUGAAGAUGAUGACAGUGAGGAUAGCAGUGACGAAGAGGGUGAAGAGAGCAGUGAAGAUGCUUGCAGUGAUGCAGAUGACAACAGUAAGGAUAGCAGUGACGUGGAUGACUAUGAGGAAGACAAAGACAAGGGUGCCAGGUGUGAUGCUCUCUGGGCAGAUAUGGGUGAACUGGAGCAGAAGGUGGACAUAAUGCAGCAUGUCUCACAGGAGGAAGUGGAUGCCUUGAAUGUAAAGGUGGGCCACAUUCUUGGCAAGGGCAGGGUCAUUGAGCGGAAGGUGAAAUGUGACCUAAAGAAGAAAGUGAUUCACUUGUGGUCUGCUGUGUGGGAAACCCCAUUGCAGGCAGUGACUGCCCUACAGGAAACUUUGAACAGAUUUUUGCCAGCGAAGUUGACUGCAUUAAAAAAGGAGUCUGAUUGCCUGAGGGGUUUUCUGCAGGCUAUCCAAAGCCAUGGCACAGUGGAGAAGAUGGCAGACUUCUCAGUCGUGCAUCACUUGCAGAAUGCCCUGCAGGAUUUUCCAGUGAUAAAGAUGGGGGCUCCAUAUGAUGUCCCACUGAAGGAGGAGGAUGCCAUAAAGCAGGGAAUGGAUACCUGGUACUCUGCACUGCUGCAUGUCCUACUGAAGCAGGGACAGGGGAAGGCAGAUGCUUUGCAGGAGAAGGUGGAUGCUGUGCAGAAUAUCUCUCUGAAGCAGGUAGCUAUAUUAAAGGUGAAGAUUGGUGCUGUACAGAAGCAGAUGGGCGCCCUUUCAAAAAUCCCUCUGAAGGAGAUGAUGAUCCUGAUAGCAACGGUGCAUGAGCUGUCCUGUGCCUUUGGCUCCUCAAAAGAAUGGAACACUCUAUGGAACAAGGCGCAUGACCAGGUAUUUACCCUGAAGACUCACAAGGGGGAUGCCUUACAGGAACUGCAUCCUCUGUGGAAGAAACUGGAUGCCUUGCAGGAGGCCCUUUGUUGUAGUCCCAUUAAAAAAUUGGAGAUACUUAAAGAGAAAGCAAAGGUGUUGCUUAGGAAGGUGGGCGCUCUGCAAGGUAACCUAUUGAACCCCCUGAAAAAAGAACUGCAACUGCUGGAGGACAAGUUGCGUUCCCUGAGGGAUACUUCCUUGGAGGAGCUGCAAGAAACACUAGAUUGGAUGCAGUAUUGUCGGGAUUACCCAUUGGAGGAGGAGGAGGUGGGUACCCUGCAAAAGAAGAUGGGUGCCCUGCAGAAGAAGGUUGGUGCAUGGCAGAAGACAAAUGCCCCCCUAAAGGAGGCUGAAGGAGUGAUGGAAACGGAGGGAAGUAGCUUCUCAGAGACAUUGAAAGCUCCAGAGGCAGGGACUAAACAAAAUGCAGGUGCCAGAAGGAUUACAGACCAGCCAGCUAACAUUGUGGCCAAAAUGGCUGUUUCAUCUUCGUUUGAGACAGCAAAUUUCUUAGAAAAUGCUGGCCGAAGUUCUAGAAGUACUGGAAACCUCAGGGGCUCUGUGUCAGCGUCUGUGCCACCUUCAAGUACUGGGGUGAGGAAAAUGUGGCAUGGGGAGAUCACCCUGGAAGAGCGCCAUCAACUAGUUCACAAAUUUGCAGAAAACAUCUCUCCAGGUAAUGAUUCAACAGCAGCAAGGGAGAAACUGACAGCUUACACCAAGCAAAUAGAAGAGGAUAUGUUUGAACUGGCUAAUAGUAAGAUGGAGUAUCACCAAUUAAUGGCAGAAAAACUUGAUGCAAUUCAAAAGAAUUUGGACCGAAGUUUAAGGUCUUCUUUACCUAACCAAGGCAUCUCAAGUAAUGACUUACAGGCCUCUCGGACACAUCCUGGUGCCAUUUCUCCAGUGGCGGUAACCACAGGACAAGCACAGACAUUGAUACUGCCCACUGGAAAGAGGCCUUUUUCGGGGGUUGAGGCAGCAGAAAAAACAAGUGUAGCCCUGCAGAUACCAGAGACCACAAACCUCAAUAGAUCCAAAACACAGGACCCACAACAGCCAGAGGAAGCCAUGUCUGCAAAGAGUUCUGAGGACAGUCUUGCUGACUGUGAACUGACUAUGACAGAAACAGAACCUCCACAUAAAAAACAGAAAAUGGACCCUGUUGAGAGGACCCAAGUGGCUCUUUUUGCUCAGGAACUGUAUGCUGCUCUGCAAAAGUAUAUAAAAUACGUUACUGUUACUAUAACCCAAAAUACGGAGAAAGUCGGUGAUCUGAUUGGCAGGUUAUAUGGGUCCCCAAACCAGGCCAGUGCCUUAAAAGAUACAGAAGAUGCAAAAGCCUUACUUCUACCUUGAAAAAAGCAUUGGCACUUUUAAAAUGCUUCUUGGAGGAUUCCUGAGGUAAAUCUUUGCUUUGAAAGGGUUUUGGAAUAGGGCCAUUCAUUUAACAAAGAAAACAAGGGGGUGAAAAAAGUUCAAUAGUAUAGUGUCUAGAUCUCCCAGAACCCUCAGCCAUGUUGGCCAAUAGUCUGGAUUCUGGGCGCUAAAGUCCAAAAUUCCUGAAAGAGCACAGUUUGGGGACCACUGAUCUAGACACUAUACUAUUGAUGCAGCCUAGAACUGCAUUGACUUUUUUUUAGAUGCCCUAUCACACUGUUGACUUGUUCAGCGUGUACUCUACUAAGAUGCCUAGAUCCUUUCACAUGUACCGUUGUCAAGCCAAGUGUCACCCAUCUAAUAUGUGUGCGUUUCAUUUUUUUCUGCCUAAAUGUAGCACCUUACAUUUCUCUUGGUUGAAAUUCAUUUUGUUAGUUUUGGCUUAGCAUUCUAAACUGUCAGGGUCAUUUGGAAUUCUGAUCCUGUCCCCUGAGAUGUUGGCUUUGUUUGUUGUUGUUUGUGUUCAAGUUGUUUCUGAGCUAUGAAGACUGUAAGGCAGGGUUUCUUGGGGCCAAGAGCGUGUGACUAACCCAAGGUUACUCAAUGGGUUUUCAUGGCUGAGUGGGGAAGGCCCUACAGAAAUCAAUAUAUGCUACACCCACAGCAUUCUCUUCAUCUAACAAACUACGAUCUACAAGUGUUUUAAACACUUAUAUAAAAACGGGAUCUAUGUUGAGUUCAACUUUUGGUCUAACAAGAAGCGAAAAUUUUGGCUCAGUUGUUCUAUUGUUAUUCUCCUUAAAAUGGUUCUUAAAAGAGUCCACAUUUUAUAUUUUACAGAAAGAAAUAUAUAUUUUCAUAGAAAUGAAAACAAUGUUUCAUGUACAGAAAACCACAAAGUUAAUUACAAUAUUUUUACUAAAAAUGGUCAAAUAUUGUCCUGAUACUUAGUUUUCCAAAGCAUUAAAAAUAAAGGUUAU